AUGUCUCAUAGCAUAGAAAUAGAAAUAAACAAUUUACUUAGCGAAGCUGUCUAUUAUAGAAAUAAAAAAGACUAAGAAGAUUCAAUAGAAAAGAGCAUAUAGUGUAUAGAAUAGGCAGACAAACUCAUUAAGCAAAACAUUCGUGAUUCAUUUAUAAACUUGUCUUAUGAUACAAUCAUCAAUUUUGCAGAAACUGCAAUUACAAUUAUAGGUCAUGAGAAACUUAGCGAAUAUUACAUAGACCUUUUCUUCUAAAGAAAUAAAUCAAAAGGUUAAAUGUAUAUUAGAGCUCUUCUAGUUAAGGCUAGGCUUAUCGCUUUAAAUGGACAUUAAGAAUUAUUAAAGGGAGAGGAAAUGAUAACAAAUCUUUAAAAAUCUCUAGGCUAUGUAAAUGAAGCACUUGAAAUUAUUAAAAAUUCAGAUAAAAAUAAAUAUUCGUUUCUAAUCUACAAUGCUUCAGUUUGCGUUUAUAACAUAAUUCGCUUUAUGAUUAAAUAAAAUUGGUCUAAAUAUUUUACAGAUGUAGUUAAAACUCUAGAUUAAUUAUUUGACGAUGUAGAUGAACCUGAUUAUAAUUGGCGUUGUAGAUAUACUUGGAUCCUCUUUUAGUGUUUAUAUGAUAGCGACUAGAAAUAAGAAGCAAUUAAGGUUUUGGAUAGGUUAUGGGAAAAUACUAAAAAGAAGGGACCUUGCAAUUUUCAAGAUUAACUUUUGAGACUGAGGAUCCAUCUUUGUAAAGAAAAUCCUGCCUAAUUAGGUAACAUUAAAAAAGAAAUAGAGUCAAAUAAAGAAGAUGACAGAGGUUGGAAGCUGCUAUUAACUUUAUAAAUGAUGAAAUCAGGACUAAUUUUAGAAGCCCAAAUAGAAAAAGAACUUAUAAAUGUGAUUAAUUCUAUGAGUAGUUCAAUUCUACCUGGUAAUGAAAUGGCAUAGACUAACAAACUUGCUCCAAUUAUUUUAGAAAGACUUGCUGAAGCAGGUAGAAUAGCUUUGCAUCACAAUUUAAUUAAUAUAGCUGAUUCAAUUACUUCAUUUUUAAGUCGUGUCCGCUAGCCCGUGCAAGUUCUGUAAGAGUACAACAAAGCUGAAUUACGUAUUAAAAAAGCAGGACCUCUAAUUGAUAAUAAAACUGGUAUGAGAUUAAAUUAAGUAUAAAUAAAAAUGUAAGAAGUUGAUAGAAGAAUAGAGGCAUUAAAAAUACUUGAAAAGGCUAUGUAGGCAAUAGGAAAUAACAAAAACUCAAGGUAUUUAGAUUCAGAUUUAGUAUACGAUGGUGCUGUGUUAAUCUGGAAUAUUAGUUUACCUUUUUUGAAUGCAACAUAUAGAUAACACGUUGUUAAGGCAUUCACUAUAGCUUGUGAAUAUUUGGAAAAAAUAUAAAGUAAUGAUCAUGCCUUGCGUGUGAAUUUUCAUCUUGAACUAGCUAAAAGCGAAUUGGCUGAAGAAAACACACUUAAUGCAGGAGUUCAUAUUCGUAAAGCUUUGCAGCUUGACUACUCGAUACCACUUGCAAAAGUCAAGAAUUUAGUCAAAGAAGAUUAAGAUAAAAGUUUGUAUCAAAGACCCUACGAAAGAUAUUUAAAAAGUCUUUAAGACAAAAUUAAUUUAAAAUCAAAUUAAAAUGCCGAAGCUAAAACUGUUGUAGAAAAAGUUAUAUUAGAUUUAGAAAAUGCUAUGAACCAGAAACAAGAAAACACUAAAAUCGACAUAUUAUAAAAAUGUUUGGGAAGUCUAGUUAAUUUAGAAGAAAAAGAGUAUGUGCUAGACGAAAAGAGAGAUUUGGUUGAAGAAGAAAUUAACAAAGAAAAAUUAAAACACAAAUAGGACAAUCUCUAUCAAUAUAAAUAAAAAAAAUUACUUGCGGCUGAUAUCGCUUAGAUGGCUUUUGACUGGGAGUAAGAUGAUCUCGCUAUUAAGGCAUGUGAGUUUGUUGUUGCCAAUACAUGGGAAAUUAGUAAUUCGGAGGAAAUGAUUCUCGCUUAAGUCUAAUGUUAUUACAUGAUGGCAUAAAUUACUAUCGAUGAACUAAUUAAAGAUAAUUUUGUUAUUGCUUUUGCAGACCCUGAAAGAAUUGAAGCAGAAGAAGAAAAUGAAAAUGUUUAAGAAGAACUUUCUGCUGAAAAGAAAAAAGAAGUACUUGAAAAAAAGGAAAAUCUAGUGGCUUACUUCCUAAAAGGUCUUGAAUUAGCUGAUAGCAUUAACUAAAGCUGGCUUGUCUUCAACGGAGCUAUAUAUAUUUGGAACAACUUUUUAUCUAUUUUUAGAAAUCCAAUAUUCGACUCAAAGUUACUGAGUUCAAUUUCUACUCUGCUUAAAAAGUUCUUUGAAACAAUGAAAGUUUCUUUUAAAGAGCUUGAAAAAAAAUAAAUCAUUGACUAUGACAGAGACACCAAAAUUUAAGUUAAUGCCAACAUCGGUUUAGUUUAUGCUAGAUUAAUGGAAGGUAAAAAAGAAUAUGAAGAAGUCAUGCGUGUUUGCGAAGCCUUGCUCUAACUACCUCUAGGAUCUCACACAAGAAAACUUAUCAAUUCUAUUAAGGCAAGAGUUGCAGGAGCACAAAAAGGAGGUAAUAAAGCACCAGAAAAAGGAGGAAAAGCAGUAAAGGGAGGAGCUGCAGAAUAGCAAACUGGUACUUCUACUGAACACGUGCUAUUCGAAGUAGUUUCACAGCUAGAAAUUAUCACUAAUAGUACAAACAGCUAAACUAGUUAAGAUUUAAUUAAAAAAUGUUUUGAAACACUUAGAACUUGGUAGGCAAAAGAAAACGAUGAAACAGAACUUGAACUGCAUGCUGAAUUAUGGGCAAGAUUGGCAAGGCUCUCUUUAAAUGAAGAAAGUAUAACUAUGCUUAAAUAUAGCUUACGUUGUGUUGAAAAUUCUUUAUCUUUGCUAAACCCUAACACUGAUCUUUAAGGAAUUCCUUCAAGUAGAUUGAGAUGGUACAGUUUAGCAGAGUAUUUGUAUAGUGAAAACUUACUCAGAAUGCUUAAUCCUGAAACUCAAGAAUAAAAGAGCUAAGAAUAGCUUUUAUUCCAUGCUCUCAAACAUGCAGUAGAAGGAGCAAAUAAAGGUUUGAAGGCUGGUAUCAAUUCAUUGGUCUUAGAUGCUUCUAAAUUAGUUUGGAAUAUUUGUGCAAAGCUAUAGGACUCAGCUUUGAAUAGAAAAGCUUUGAUUAAGCCCAUUUUUUCAACUAUUUUUUAUCUUAAAAGUUGCAAAGAAAAAAGUGAGCCUGAUUUAAUACUUUUAUUGAGCUAACUUCUAUUCAGGGCAGCACUAGAAAAUGAAGAGUAUCAUUUGGGUGAGAAUGUUGCAGAUAUGGUAUUUGAGUUAAUACCAAAGUCUAUGCAAAAACCAGUGUGGGAAGCUAAAAUGAUUUUUAUGAGUAAGCAAGGUAAAAAUGAGCUAUAAGCUAUCUCAAACAUGAAAGAAGCAGAUGCAUCAUUACAAUCAAAAGUUUGGAUUAGAUUGGCUAGAGCUUCUAAUGCUAUUUACAAACAAUACAAUGCUUAUAGCAAGGCAAUUGAAAUUUUGAAAAAAGAGAACUCAUAGGAAAUUGUUGAGGUUUACAUUGAAUUUGCUGAAUGGCUUCUCAGGAACCCUGAAAACAAUAAUAACAGUAAUAAUGCUAUGGCCAUAAAAGAUAAUGAUAACAAUGAGAGAUUCCCAUCAAGCCUCUCAAAUGUAGUUUAACAGCUAGAAUUAGCAGCUGAUAUUCUUAUUGGGAUUGAGAAUGAUGGUGAUGACUAAGAAGAUGAUAUGAUGGACUAUGAAGAAAAAGGUUCAGUAAUUUUCUCUAGACUCGACAAAAAAUCAACCUUGUCUAAAAAUUCAAAAGCUAAAUCCAAAGCAUCUGCUUCUAAGAAAUCAAGUAAAAACACUACAAAGACGAAUAAAAAAAUAGAAUAGAAGGAUAAAAGAGGCUCUGCUAGUUCUAGAAUGUCUAAAGCCUCAAUAAGAGUUGCAAAAACCAUUAAAUCAAAACAAAGUAAAAGCAUCUUCACUUAAAGAGAAGAAGAUUCAAAUCCUGAAUGUCUCAACUGUGCUCACUUUGAACGUUUAAUGAGAAUACAUGCUAUGUUAGCUACAGUGAGUCCAAAACAGGAAACCUAAAUUCAAUAUUGUCUAGAUGCAAAGCUUUUCUUAAUAAAAAUAUUUGAAAUAUCUUUCAACACAUUAAAUUAAUUUGAAGUUAAUGCCGUAAACUAUGCAAACAUAAAAUAGUAAAAUCCUAAUGAGAAAUAACCAGGUGGAGCAGCAAAUCAACUUAAAUAAGAGCAAUAAGAAGCAGCACUUCCAAAAUAUUAGUUCCCAUAAAAUGUAGAAGAUUGGAUCAAACUUGAAUUCUCAGCUAAAUUCAUUGAAAAGGCUAAGACUUCUGAAGAUUAUACAUUUAUGGGUAAAUUCCUUUUUGAAAAAGCUGAAGUUACAUUCACAUAUGUUAACUAUCUCAUAAAUGUAUUUGAAUCUGCUGGCCUUCAUAUCCACAAUGUUCCUCUUCUCGUUUUCUAAAGAUUUUUUGCAAGAGAAAUUAUAGGGAAUUAACACCUAGCAAUGCUUUAUGACAUGAAAUUUGUCAAGCUUUUGCAUCUUUUAGGCUACCACAGUGAAGCUGAAAAAAUACCUGCAGUAAAUUAGUAAAAGUUAAAGUUAACUGAUCAUGAAAGGAAAAACUAUUUGGCAAAAACUGAAUCAUCAAAAGUUUUAUCUACAACAAAAAAAGCUGUUGAUCUAAGUGAACAAAUUAUUCCCAAACCAAAUCUCGUAAAGGAAAUAAGUUCUUACCAAAUAUGGAUUGAUUUGGCAAAAGAGCUAUUCUAAAUAGGAGACCUUAUAAGAGCUAAAGAUUUGCUAAAUGAGGCAUACAAGCAUGCAAAAGUACUUUCAGAAAAAGAAUCUAUGGGAGAAAUUCAUCUUUAUUUAGGCGCUAUUCAAUAUCUGGAAGGAGAGUAUAUUGAAUCAUUAGAAAAUCAUAUGAAAUCCCAUAAAUUUAUAAAAGAAAUAGCAGUUUGGGAGUUGAGCGCAGUUGAGACCUUCAAGACAUUAAAGAAGCUCAAUAAAUAUGAAGACAUUAAGAAUUUCCUAUAAAGAAUGAUUGAUGUUUUUUCACAAGCUAAAGAUAAAUAAAACCAGGCAUCAAAUAUCUUGCAAAUAGAAUAAAUAUUAUGUACUUUAUACUUGCUCCUUGCCAAGGUUUACCUCAAGCUUAUGAGAAGAGAAUAUUCUGAUGAGAUGGAGAAAGAAGCCUUUAAAGCAUUAAAAGGUGCUAGAGAACAAUUUGCAAAGGGUGGUGUUAAAUUAAUUCAAGUUAAAAUUCUUUUGAAUAUUUUUGAAAAGCUUUAUUCAUGGUGCGAAAAGUUGAAUCUUUCUGAUAUGAAUGAAGUAAAUAUUUCCUUCCGCUUGCUAUCUAAACUGCAACAAUAAUUGUUUGAAAUGGACUUCCACAUGAUUAAUGUCCUUAAAUAUUCAUCUCUUAUUGAAAAGAGAUCUGAAAAUGCAUAAACUCCUCUCACCUUUUAUCAUUGCAAGAAUAGAGUUCAACUUGCAUCUUCAUUCUGUUAAUAUGGUUUGAUAAAAGGAAUUAAGAAAAAAUAUGAUGAUAUACAUUUAGCAUUGGUAACUCAGGAAGAUGAAGACAAAAAACGCAAGAGAGAUGAAGAUAACUAAAGAGAAGAAGAGGAAGAUAAUAGACUAAUUUAAAAUCUCAUCAACGAAAAAAAUCAAAUUAGCAAUCCCUCUAGAGUAGACAGAUCAUAAGGAGCUGGUGAUGAUAAAAAUUUAAAGUUAAAAGAAUACAUUAGUAAACUCAACAAGAUUAUCGAAUUAGAGCUUUAACCAACUUCGAGAAGGUUUGAAUCAUUCGAAAAAACAAUAUCAAUCUUAGAGUCUAUUAAAAGCAAAUUCCCUACAGACUCAUAUGAUUAUGUAAUUGCUAAUAUUGAGUGGGCUAGAGCUAAAAGACUUUUAGCAGAAGAUAGGGCACAAAUGCAAGAAAUAUGGUAAAUAAAAGAAAAUAAAACAGAAGCAGAUGACUAAUAGAGCAUUCUAAAUUAAUAAUAGCAAAAUAAUUCUCAAGGGAAUAUUCCUAACGAUCUUUAACAGAACACAAAUACUGUUUAAAGUUAAUAACAAGAUGAAUAUGAUGAGUAAAGCCCUUCUUCAGAAUCUUAAAUUAUUGAUUAUCUUUCUGAUAGUCUGAACACUAUUAACAAUUUAUAUAUUAAUGAAUAUAAAUCAAUUGACGAUCCUAUAAAAUCCAAAAAUGCCCCUUCAUAUGUUAAAAAAUUCUGCCAAGAAUUCCUUGAAAAUCUGGGUAUUCAUGGUGCUGAUAAAAGUUUUGAAUUUUUGGCUAAAUACUAGCAUUACUAGUAUACUGAAUUUGUUGUUAAUUUGGCUAAAUAAGCUAUGUAUGGAAAGCACAAGUUUGUUUCAUACUAGCGCUUGAUAAAGCACGUUUACAAUCAAGCUGGACACUUGAAUUAAGAAGCCUUUAAGUCUCUCACUUAGGGUUUCAAAAUAUGGGAUAACAUUUUCAAGACUGAAGACUACACUGAAAUAAUUACUAAAUUAUUACCAAACGGAUCUUCUUAUUUAAUUUUACAAUUUUCAAAUGACAAAAGAUUCCUUUACUUUGGCUUUUUGAGAAUCAGCAAAGAUAGGAAGUUAGAAGUUAAGCUAAAAAGAAAGGAGAUGAAGCUGGAAGACCAUUAAACUAUAUAGAAAUUAAAAUUAAGAUAUAACUUGAUAAAAACAGCUCUAGUUAAGACUCCUAUUAUUCAAGAAAAAGAUUAUACCUCGAUUGUUAAUCAACAAGAAGAAGAAUAUCUUCAAAUAUUACAAGAAAUAGAAGAAUUUUGUUCUUUCUUUACUGAUGAAAUAGGUCCUUUAAUUAACAGUUCACCUGAAUUAGAUGCUUAACUUGAAUAAGAGUUAUAGCAAUAAUUGCUCUAACAGUAACAAGAAAAAGGAGCUAAAGGAGCAAAGCCCGCUCAAGCAGCACCUCCAAAAAAGGACAAUAAAGCAGCCCCCAAAAAAGGUGCUAAUAAAGAUGAGCUUUUUGAGUAUGAAAGUCCACUUCCUCCUACUAAAACAGGAAUAGAAUCUCUUGUUUUAUUACUUGACACUUCUCUCUUUAACUUACCAUUCGAACAGCUAUCAAUUUUUAAAUCUAUUCCUGCGAUUUCUAGAGAUUUCUCUCUCCUUUAACUCUCAAAAAGACUUAAAUCGAUAGGAUUUUAACCUACUCUAAAUAACAGCUAUGGAAUUGCUAAAGAUAAGCUUAAAUAUGUUGCAUACUCGUUUAAGAAAGAUGAGCCUGAUAAUAAAUAUGAAAUAGAUCCUAUUUUUGAAAAAAAUAAAACUUUAUUGCCUAAUUGUAAGUGGGAAGGUGUUUCUUCUUGCAAUAGAAUAGCAAGUAUAGGAGAAUGGUAAAAAUAUCUCUCUAAUGGCUCUUUGCUUCUCUUUUAUGGUAAUCCUGGUCUAAUGAAUAUUUUAACUCCUCGUUUAUUGAUAGAUAUGAAUGAAAUAUGCCAAACAAAAGCUGUAGUUAUAAUAGAUAAAAUUAAUGCCAAGAAGACAGUUUUAGAAAAAUACUCUUCACUUGACCCAGAAGGUGAAAAAACUCCUUUACAUGAAUCUCUUAUAAACUCAUCAGCUCUCCUUACCAUUUUAGGAAUUUCUUCUAUUGCUUCAACACAAUGGGCAGUAGAACCAAACUUAAUUCCUUAAAUGGUUGACUCAUUUUUAAAUCAACUCAAUGAUGAAAUUUACAUAUCUGCAACACUUUCUAAAUUUAAGGAGCCAUAAGUCAUAUACGUUGACAGAAAUGGUGUUCCAGUUGAUAUAAAGAAAGAAGAAGAUAACAAAAAAGGUUAACCUGCAGGCAAAGGUGCUGCAAAUACUAAGAAAGAAGAAAAACCUUUAGAUGAGGCUAAUUAAUUAACUGAAAAACAUGUACCAAAGAAAAGACUGGCUACAGAUAAUGUUAUAUUUGUUGGUGUGCCAAUAAUAAGACUUUCAUGA